CGCACGUUAGCACAAGGCAGUACCUCUACUCAAUUCUCAGCUAAAAGUGAAAAGCGCGAAACCAACUUACCACUCCAAAUUCUCACUCUCCUCCGCCCCCAACAAUGGCGGGUGCGCACUGCGCCACCACCACCUUCUCUCUCCUCACACCUCCCAUAAACCCCACUGUCACGCGACCAAAAGCGCGUGCAUCAGCUUCGCUUCCUCUCCCACUUCCAAAACCCACACAGCGAAAAAAUUAUCUCCGCCCCAAAAUCCUCAAAACCCUAACUAAACCCCCUUCAAACCCAGUAAUUCCCAUCGUGUCCCCCGAAACCGAAAACCUCGAUUUCGAGUCUCCAACAGACGAAACAUCUACCGAGAAUCUCGCCGCCGAUAUCGGAGAAACAGUUGAAGUGGAAGAGUUUCGGAGCUCCGAGACACCGGCCACUGCAGCCGAUGGCAUUGUUGGUAAAUUAUCGGCCAGGUCUGUCCUAAAAUACGGUGCGUAUUUGGUUGGUCUCUUUGUGUUUCAGACUAUUUGUUCUGUUUGGAUACUGGGAAAAGCCAAUUCCGAUUCAGUAAAAGACGGGAACUUGGAUAGCUCUGAUAAGAAUAGAAAGAAGAAUAGUAGUAGUAAUAAAGAGAAAGUUUUGUUUGGUUCUGAUUCUGAAUUGGAAAUGAAAAUCGAAGAAAUUCGAGCUAUGGCAAGGGAAGCUCGAAGGAGUGAGAAGAAUGCCGGUAAGGAAGGCGGCGAGGAUGAUGAAUUUGGUGAAGAAAGUUUGAUUUCGAAGCGUAGAAUUGGAAUUGAGAAAGAGAUUGGUGCGAAAUUGAGUAAUUUGCAAAAGCGGUUGAAUUCGAAUUUGGCUAAUAAGGUUGAAGAUAAGGUUAAGAGGGGUAAUUCGGAUUCUAAGGAUGCGAAUGGGACAUUGAUGUUUAAGAAAAAGCUCAAAUUUAAGAGCCCUCCAAUGAAGGUGAAAAAUGGUUCCAAGGGAUUUGGAGGUACCAAGGAUCGAAUUCGUAAUGUGGAUAAUGGGAAGAAGAGUGGUUCGAAGAGUGUAGAAGGUGACAGAAGAAAAUUGCGCGGGCAAGAGUCAUUGUCGGAUUUGGGAAAUGCUCAACAGAGAAAUGGCCGCGUUGUCCAGAAGACUGAUUCAGAAAGGUCUUCAGUUGAAGUAGUGAAUUCGGAACAGUCAGUAAAGUUUGAGACUCAACAUUCUCACAAAUUCACAAAUGGGAAUGAGGGAACUGCCUCCACAUCUGAUAAUCAUGCUGUGUUUAGUAUAAAUGGCAAUUCAAAACACAGAGAAGUUGGAGAUGAACCGUUGGCUAACAAAUUCAUAGAAAAGCAACCAAACACUGAAUCUGAUUUUUGGUGGUUGAGGCUUCCUCAUGUUCUGGCUAUACUUAUGCGUAGAGGUUCUGACCAUGAAGGACAGGGGGGACUAUACACCCUAAAGAUUUCCCCUGAGGCACAGGAACAGCGCGACUGCUAUACUGUUGCUUUUGAGGAUCGUGUUGAUGCCAGUAAUUUCUGUUUUCUACUGGAAUCAUUUUUUGAAGAUCUGGGCGAUUUUAGUUCUGACGUUGUUCCUUUACCAGUAAAGGAACUUCAUGAAGCAGUAUCAGAUGGCAUGAAGGUAAUUGUUGUGAAGAAGAGGCAACUUCAACUCUAUGCUGGCCAACCAUUUGCUGAUGUCGAGAUGGCUUUGCACUCUUUGGUUGAUGGAGAUCAAAGUGCCUCUCCAGCAAAUUCAAGAUAGAAUACUGACAUUAUCAUCUUUUUCCAUCCAACUGGUGGGUCCAGGUCUCUUCGAUCUCAUUUUUUACAAGAACCCUUGGUUGGUGAAAACAACCUUUUCCCUCAAUGCAUUAUUUCCUGGUGGUUGUGGGAUAUGUAAAGAGCUUGUUGCUGAUGAAUAUUGUUGGUUCAGCGAAUACAAUUUUUUCAUGUAACUUGUAACAUUUUCACAUCUUAUGAUCCCUACAUUUACUCUCUA